AUGCCAAAUUUCUUGUCUUAUCAAUGGGCCGGCAGCACAUCACGAAUAAAAAAUGAGUUAAAAAAGCGAAUAGAAACGCUGGAGAAAGAGCUAGGCGAGCUUAAGGCGGCGUCUAUUGUGUCAAAUUUACAAUGGAAUGGCACUGCUCCAGAUGAGAUAGAGCAAUGUUGCGAGGUGCUUGCUUCGAUUGAGACACAAACCAGUAGGUUAUGCAAACAAGUUGAGAAGAUUGAUCAAGCGCAGAGGGACGAACGCAGACGCUCGCUUUCCAAGGAUAGUAGUGCAACAAUAAUUGCUGAACUAGCCAAUCUUCUGAAUGAACUGAAAAAUAUCCACACAAUAAUGGACAAUAUCAAACCGGGUUGUUCAUCAUUGGCAAGAAGAUCUCCGUUGAAAGAAAGUGCACUCCCAUUUGCAAACGAAUGUGCAAAGUGCGCUGAAAAUGAGAAGGUUAUCGAAGAACAACAGAACGAAGUCGUCUUCUACAAGAAAAAGAACAAGGAUUUAACCAAUCAGGUAUAUCAACACCAUCCUGGUGCGAUAGUGUCGAACGAUCGCCCACCCUAG